ACUUGAAUUGAUCAUUACAACAAGAAAUGGAAGAAGAGCGAAAGAAGAAAGUGAUGGUGGCAAUUGAUGAGAGUGAGUAUAGCCACUACGCUCUGCAAUGGACUCUUGACACUCUUGGUGAAACCAUCUCCAAUUCUGGUCUUAUAAUCUUCACUGCACAGCCUUCUGAUUUUAUUCAUGUUUAUGCUUCCACUUUUGGCGCUGCUCCUCCUGACUUGAUAGCAUCCAUGCAAGAAAACCAAAAGAAGGUUGCUGCUGCCCUACUCAGUAAAGCAAAGGAGAUCUGCGCCCAGCAUGGGAUUGAUGCAGAGACAUUGACAGAAGCUGGGGAUCCUAAAGAGGUAAUAUGUGCAGCUGCCGAAAAGCUCAGUGUCCAGUUGCUUAUCGUAGGCAGCCAUAGCCGUGGAGCAAUAAAGAGGGCUUUCUUGGGAAGUGUCAGCAAUUACUGUGUUAAUAAUGCAAAGUGCCCUGUACUUGUGGUGAGAAAACCGACUUGAAGGCUUGAAAACCGACUUGGAAAGUGUGCAGUAAGAGUUGAAGCAAUGCAGAAAUAGCUCAGUUCUAGUUCUAAUAAAACUUGGUGUAUGCAAAUAAAAUUAUGCAAUUAAUUUGCACUGAUUUAAUAAAAUGGAUACUGUUGAGUUCAUGCAA